AUGCAGAGACCUUACCCUCAUCCUCCUCCCCAACCUGAACUUCAGAGGCCUCAUGGUAUUGGACCCUCCACCGCAGGCCAGACAACAACGCCUGCGGACCACGAUACCCAUUUGACCUUUUAUCCAGCCUACGCCUUCAAGGCCUCUGCGACCUGGUCGAAAUGGGUGAAACUGACCUGUCUCGACAUCCACACCGUGUUGAAACGCCACGAGAAGUAUUCUCAGGUUACUACGUCCCUUGCCGUGGAAGGCAGCAAUCCCCAGGGUCGACAAAAUGACCCGCCUUUACUGCUCUUCUACCUCAAUCAUCCCAUCCAAUUUGUCCAGGUGAUUGGCGUGGUCGUUGCGUUGGAGGAUUUCUUCGAGAAGUUCUGGCUCUUCAAAAUCGACGAUAGCAGCGGCGCGAUUAUUGACGUAACAUGUCCCAAGCCGGAGAAGAAGCAAGCCGAGCUGCCCGCCGGAUCAAGCAACAUCGCAGGGACAAAGCGGGCAACAGACACCGCAAAAAAGUCGGACGCGAGAUCAAAGUCGAACACAAAGUCCAACCCCAACUCUGGAGACGGUGAAGAAGCCUCGGAAGAAGAACAGCUUCAACACACCUUCUCCCUUCUCGAUAUCGGCACAACCGUUCAAGCAAAGGGCACCAUCGCCACGUUCCGCUCAACCCGCCAACUCUCCCUCCUGCGCCUAAACAUCCUCCCCACCACAACCCACGAAAUGGCACUGAUCGCUUCACGCACCCAGUUCCUCUCCUCCACACUCUCCAGACCCUGGGUAUUGACAUGGGAAGAACAGAGGAAAUUGCGCGACGAGGCACAGCAUGAGAGGGACGAGGACAUCGAGCGGGCAAAGAGGAGGAAGACACGCGAGGUGAAGAGGAGGGAGAGGGAGGAAAGGCAUCGACAAGUCAUUGAGAAGGAGUACGGGAUGGAAGAGACGGAUAGACAGAGGGCUGGAGAAGAGGCCCGAGCAUGGGGGGCAGUUUUAAAUGGUGACAGAAGGAAGAGGAUAAAGAUGUCGGACCCGAUCGAAGAGGGUUCGCACUAA